AGACAAUCGUAAAGCCGCUCGGGGCCGCUCACCUGCUCCCGCCUCCCGGCGCCCCGGCCCGGCCCGGCCCCGCCACCCCUGGCCCCGCCACCGCGCGCCCCCGCCCGCGCCCGCGCCCGCGCCGGCGAGCAGCCGAGCAGGCGGAGAGGCGGAGAGAGGAUGCGGCCGGCCGCGGCGGUCCCGAGCGGUGCACGGUGAUCGCCUCCCCCGGAGGAGGAGUUGCCUAGACCGUUGCCACAUUUCUUGUUUUCCUCCCCCGCCCCCCGUAAUUACAUUGGCUGCUGGAGGGCACUGGGAGAGACGGAGGAGGCGCCUCGCUUCCCCCUCGCGCCCGCCACCCCGGCUCUUUCCCGUCCCGGGCCAGGAUGACUGGAGUCUUUGACAGUCUGGUGGCUGAUAUGCACUCGACCCAGAUCACGGCCUCCAGCACUUACCACCAGCACCAGCAGCCCCCGAGCGGCGGCGGCGCUGGCUCCGGGGGCAGCAGCGGCAGCAGCCUCCACAAGCCCCAGGAAUCGCCCACCCUCCCGGUGUCCACAGCGACCGACAGCAGCUACUACACCAACCAGCAGCACCCGGCGGGCGGCGGCGGCGGUGGGGGCUCGCCCUACGCGCACAUGGGUUCCUACCAGUACCACGCCGGCGGCCUCAACAACGUCCCCUAUUCUGCCAAGAGCGGCUACGACCUGGGCUACACGGCCGCCUACACCUCCUACGCGCCCUACGGAACCAGUGCGUCCCCGGCCAACAACGAACCUGAGAAAGAGGACCUGGAGCCUGAAAUCCGGAUAGUGAACGGAAAGCCAAAGAAAGUCCGCAAACCCCGCACCAUCUACUCCAGUUUUCAGCUGGCGGCUCUUCAGCGGCGUUUCCAAAAGACUCAGUAUUUGGCACUGCCCGAAAGAGCCGAGUUGGCGGCUUCGCUGGGCCUCACCCAGACUCAGGUCAAAAUCUGGUUCCAGAACCGCCGCUCCAAGUUCAAGAAGAUGUGGAAAAGCGGUGAGAUCCCCUCGGAGCAGCACCCCGGGGCCAGCGCCUCGCCACCCUGCGCGUCGCCGCCGGUCUCGGCGCCGGCUUCCUGGGACUUCGGCGCGCCCGCGCGCAUGGGGGGCGGCGGCCCGGGCAGCGGCGGCAGCGGCGCGGGCAGCUCGGGCUCCAGCCCCAGCAGCGCGGCCUCGGCUUUCCUGGGCAACUACCCCUGGUACCACCAGGCCUCCGGCUCCGCCUCGCACCUGCAGGCCGCCGCGCCGCUGCUGCACCCCACGCAGACCCCGCAGCCGCACCACCACCACCACCACCACCACGGCGGCGGGGGAGCCCCGGUGAGCGCGGGGACGAUUUUCUAACCCCGGGGAGCCGGCGCCAGAGACUGAGCGAGCAGAGACCAGUUCUGGUCCGCGCAGGCCCCCAGAGCCAGAGGGUCCCUCCGGCCCGGCGGCUGACGCCCCCCACCCCGCCCGGAGGUGGCGGCCACCACGCGCGCCCCGGGCCCGGCCCCCUCCGCGCCCACCGA